AUGAGCUUUACAAUCAAGUCAGAGUUCCAGUCGAGCUUCCAGACCAUCUCCGGCUUCAGCGUCCCUUACGUGAGUCGUAUCUCUGGAGGACUCAAAGCUGGGAAAGCCAUCUUCAUUCAGGGAUCUGUUCCCUCUGGAUGUGAGAGCUUUGUGGUGAAUCUGAAGUGUGGGGAAUCUGAAGGAGAUGACAUUGCCUUUCAAAUCAGGCCACAGUUCAGCAGCAACUGCAUGAGCUGUGCGGGAACUUCUAUCUUUGGGCAGAGUGCAAGUAUGACUUUCGGAGAACAUUCAUCUGUGCUGGGUGGAAGGUGGUCGUUGAUUGGCUCCGAACAUAAUAUGCCUACUAUUAAUCCACAGAUGAGACAUUCAUUGAGCAACCUGGUUCAAAAUCCUAACCUUCCUUAUGUGGCCCCAAUUGCAGGAGGACUGAGAGAAGGCAUGGCCUUGUACUUACAGGGAGUUUUUGCCAAUAAAGCUGGCCAAUUUGAAAUAAAUUUCAAGACUGGGCAAUCUGACAGUGAUGACACUGCUUUCCAUUUUAAUUCUCAACUGGACCAGAAAGUGGUCAUGAACAGCUUCAGGAACAGAAAAUGGGGAACCGAGGAAAGUGUCUCUGACAACCCCUUUAAAAAAGGAGAAACUUUUGAGAUGUUCACUGUCAUCAAACCUAAAGGAUAUCAGGUUUAUGUGAAUGGUAAAGAGAUGUACACAUUCAAGCACCGUAUACCACUGGAAAAAGUGUCAACGUUAAAUAUCAGUGGACAUGUUGUUGUGAGCCUUUUUGGCUUCAUAAACAACUGGAGUGCAUCUUCAUUUCCUCCUACAUUCACCAGUCAGAGCAGACCACAUGGUAAACAUUCCACCAGACAGUCAGAGACCUUACAGCCGGUCCAAAACCCUGUGAGUGACCGAUCGAACUGGAGAGCAUCUGUAUUUCCUACAAAAGUUAGAACAAAAAUCACAACUCUGGGGAGCUCACAUGGGGAUCCUUCCACCGUACAAUCAGAGAUCUUGCAGCCGGUCCAAAACCCUAACCUUCCUUAUGUGGCCCCAAUAUCAGGAGGACUGAGAGAAGGCAUGGCCUUGUACUUACAGGGAGUUGUUCCCACUAAUGCCGAUCGAUUUGAAAUCAAUUUCAAGACUGGGCAGUCCAGCAAUGAUGACAUUGCUUUCCACUUCAACCCUCGAAUGGACCAGAAGGUGGCCAUGAACAGUCUAAUUAAAGGAAGUUUGGGAACUGAGGAAAUUGUCUCUGACAACCCCUUUAAAAAGGGAGAAGCAUUUGAGAUGUUUACUGUUAUGAAAUCUGAAGGAUAUCAGGUUUAUGUAAAUGGUAAAGAGCUGUACACAUUCAAGCACCGUACACCACUGGAAAAAGUGUCAACAUUAAAUUUCAGUGGUGAUGUUGCUGUGAACCUUUCUGGCUUCAUACAAAACUGGAGAGCAUCUGUAUUUCCUACAAAAGUUAGAACAAAAAUCACUACUCUGGGGAGCUCACAUGGGGAUCCUUCCACCGUACAAUCAGAGAUCUUGCAGCCGGUCCAAAACCCUAACCUUCCUUAUGUGGCCCCAAUAUCCGGAGGACUGAGAGAAGGCAUGGCCUUGUACUUACAGGGAGUUGUUCCCACUAAUGCUGAUCGAUUUGAAAUCAAUUUCAAGACUGGGCAGUCCAGCAAUGAUGACAUUGCUUUCCACUUCAACCCUCGAAUGGACCAGAAGGUGGCCAUGAACAGUCUAAUAAAAGGAAGUUUGGGAACUGAGGAAAUUGUCUCUGACAACCCCUUUAAAAAGGGAGAAGCAUUUGAGAUGUUUACUGUUAUGAAAUCUGAAGGAUAUCAGGUUUAUGUGAAUGGUAAGGAGCUGUACACAUUCAAGCACCGUAUACCACUGGAAAAAGUGUCGACAUUAAAUUUCAGUGGUGAUGUUGCUGUGAAACUUUCUGGCUUCAUACAAAACUGGAGAGCAUCUGUAUUUCCUACAAAAGUUAGAACAAAAAUCACUACUCUGGGGAGCUCACAUGGGGAUCCUUCCACCGUACAAUCAGAGAUCUUGCAGCCGGUCCAAAACCCUAACCUUCCUUAUGUGGCCCCAAUAUCAGGCGGACUGAGAGAAGGCAUGGCCUUGUACUUACAGGGAGUUGUUCCCACUAAUGCUGAUCGAUUUGAAAUCAAUUUCAAGACUGGGCAGUCCAGCAAUGAUGACAUUGCUUUCCACUUCAACCCUCGAAUGGACCAGAAGGUGGCCAUGAACAGUCUAAUUAAAGGAAGUUUGGGAACUGAGGAAAUUGUCUCUGACAACCCCUUUAAAAAGGGAGAAGCAUUUGAGAUGUUUACUGUUAUGAAAUCUGAAGGAUAUCAGGUUUAUGUGAAUGGUAAAGAGCUGUACACAUUCAAGCACCGUAUACCACUGGAAAAAGUGUCGACAUUAAAUUUCAGUGGUGAUGUUGCUGUGAACCUUUCUGGCUUCAUACAAAACUGGAGAGCAUCUGUAUUUCCUACAAAAGUUAGAACAAAAAUCACAACUCUGGGGAGCUCACAUGGGGAUCCUUCCACCGUACAAUCAGAGAUCUUGCAGCCGGUCCAAAACCCUAACCUUCCUUAUGUGGCCCCAAUAUCCGGAGGACUGAGAGAAGGCAUGGCCUUGUACUUACAGGGAGUUGUUCCCACUAAUGCUGAUCGAUUUGAAAUCAAUUUCAAGACUGGGCAGUCCAGCAAUGAUGACAUUGCUUUCCACUUCAACCCUCGAAUGGACCAGAAGGUGGCCAUGAACAGUCUAAUAAAAGGAAGUUUGGGAACUGAGGAAAUUGUCUCUGACAACCCCUUUAAAAAGGGAGAAGCAUUUGAGAUGUUUACUGUUAUGAAAUCUGAAGGAUAUCAGGUUUAUGUGAAUGGUAAAGAGCUGUACACAUUCAAGCACCGUAUACCACUGGAAAAAGUGUCGACAUUAAAUUUCAGUGGUGAUGUUGCUGUGAACCUUUCUGGCUUCAUACAAAACUGGAGAGCAUCUGUAUUUCCUACAAAAGUUAGAACAAAAAUCACAACUCUGGGGAGCUCACAUGGGGAUCCUUCCACCGUACAAUCAGAGAUCUUGCAGCCGGUCCAAAACCCUAACCUUCCUUAUGUGGCCCCAAUAUCCGGAGGACUGAGAGAAGGCAUGGCCUUGUACUUACAGGGAGUUGUUCCCACUAAUGCUGAUCGAUUUGAAAUCAAUUUCAAGACUGGGCAGUCCAGCAAUGAUGACAUUGCUUUCCACUUCAACCCUCGAAUGGACCAGAAGGUGGCCAUGAACAGUCUAAUAAAAGGAAGUUUGGGAACUGAGGAAAUUGUCUCUGACAACCCCUUUAAAAAGGGAGAAGCAUUUGAGAUGUUUACUGUUAUGAAAUCUGAAGGAUAUCAGGUUUAUGUGAAUGGUAAAGAGCUGUACACAUUCAAGCACCGUAUACCACUGGAAAAAGUGUCGACAUUAAAUUUCAGUGGUGAUGUUGCUGUGAACCUUUCUGGCUUCAUACAAAACUGGAGAGCAUCUGUAUUUCCUACAAAAGUUAGAACAAAAAUCACUACUCUGGGGAGCUCACAUGGGGAUCCUUCCACCGUACAAUCAGAGAUCUUGCAGCCGGUCCAAAACCCUAACCUUCCUUAUGUGGCCCCAAUAUCAGGAGGACUGAGAGAAGGCAUGGCCUUGUACUUACAGGGAGUUGUUCCCACUAAUGCUGAUCGAUUUGAAAUCAAUUUCAAGACUGGGCAGUCCAGCAAUGAUGACAUUGCUUUCCACUUCAACCCUCGAAUGGACCAGAAGGUGGCCAUGAACAGUCUAAUAAAAGGAAGUUUGGGAACUGAGGAAAUUGUCUCUGACAACCCCUUUAAAAAGGGAGAAGCAUUUGAGAUGUUUACUGUUAUGAAAUCUGAAGGAUAUCAGGUUUAUGUGAAUGGUAAAGGAGCUGUACACAUUCAAGCACCGUAUACCACUGGAAAAAGUGUCGACAUUAAAUUUCAGUGGUGAUGUUGCUGUGAACCUUUCUGGCUUCAUACAAAACUGGAGAGCAUCUGUAUUUCCUACAAAAGUUAGAACAAAAAUCACUACUCUGGGGAGCUCACAUGGGGAUCCUUCCACCGUACAAUCAGAGAUCUUGCAGCCGGUCCAAAACCCU